AUGACUCACUCCGCUCAAAUGCAACAAGCAACCGAAAACAUGCACACCAUGUUCCCAGACUCCGGUGGUGUGGAAAACAUGGCCAAUGAGACUCUUGUCGAUUCUUACCGGUCGCUGGAUCCCUCUCGUGCCUCGCUGGAGGACUACAACCGCUCCAUGCUGCAGUACACCCAGCGCCAAAUGUCUUCCUUCGUUGACACGGACGACUCUCGCCGUGAUAGCCAGAGCAGCGGCAAGAGUGGUCAUAGCCUCGUCUCUAGCGGCGGCAGUAUGCCCCGACAGGCCAAUAAUGGAUCUUUCACGCCCAUCAGCAAGUGA